AUCGGAGUUUCCUCAGCCUUGCCACAGAAGGCAUAAUCUCACUCUCACCCAUCUCUCCCAUCGGUUUCGUUGAGCCGAAUAAUUGCAGGAUUUUAGGGUGAGAAACCUUCUAAAUCUCGGUAAAGAAUUCACAAUGUAUCUUUACAAGAUUUCGGUGCAAACAUCAGAUCACUCUGGCGCUACGGCGGACUUGAUAGGCAAGCUGUUGCACAACUGGAGGACUCAUCACAAAAACAACAUUGCAUACAGGACCACGUUAGCUAGAGUCAUUCUUUUAUGCUUACCUGGUACUUACAUGCUAAGCUCGGUGAACGAGCUAACCGAAAUGCUGAAGUACUGCAAAAAUGGGUACAGGUCGUCACCCAACGUCUCUGAUAUUGUCCACAAAAUUGGAUAUACCAGUUUGCCAGAGGUCGAAAAACUUUCAAAAGCACUCAAACUCGGCAACAAAACUUCACAACAGACGGUUUAUGAUUUAGCCAUUGCAAGUGAUGGAAACUACGUCCUCACUAAUGAGUAUGCAUCAUUUGUUAUAGGCGCAAGGACUUUGGACGUACAUGUUACCGCAAUCAACGCCAGUAAUAGAUUAGCAAAACUGGAUCACAGGGUGCUCCAAGCUAUAUUAACCCAAAGUCGAGACAAUAAUUUAAACAGCAAUGGCGUUUCCUACGCUUCCAGAAAUAGUAAAGGCACACUGUCUAUCCAUCUUCCUGUACCGGCAGAGACAUGCAUGGACAUGGGUUAUGACUUUUACACCGAUAAAUCCAACGUUUGGGCGGUAUACUAUGAGCGCUCUGAUAGUAGAUUUAGAAUCACGAAAGUUGAACAAAAUCGCUUAAUCGACACAACCUGUGUAAACCUGCAGAAAGUCACGCUGAUCAAACCUGAAUUCAAAUUGGCAUAAGAAUACCGAUAGAGAAUUUAUAGUUAUGUGUAUUGUUAACUUUGGGAUACAUGAUAGUCUGAAUACUGUAUAGAGCUGCAUCAAUAUAUUUUUUAAUAGUAUGAAAAUAGAGUAUGCCACCAGUGUCGAAAGCUCCAUUGUACUUGUGGAACAUUGGCAUGCGAAUGCCCAACAUAUCCAGGUGAG